AACACAUUCACGUCUCUAACAGCUCCCGAGCGACCGUCCCUCAGUGUUCUACAGAGGCAAUAAUGAAGAGGGCUGUGGUGGCCGUGGUCUGCUUGUUCUCAUUGCCCCUACUCUCGGGGAUAGACCUGAAGGGUCUCUACGGCAGCUUUACGUCCCCACGCUUCCCCUUAGCCUAUCCAGACCACCAGCGGAGGGUGUGGAACAUCACCGUGCCAGAAGGGCACCGAGUCAAGCUCUACUUCACGCACUUCAGCCUGGAACACUCGGACCAGUGCGAGUACGAUUAUGUCCAGCUGUUUUCAGGGGGAAAUGAGACAGUGAAGUUCUGCGGCGAGGCUGAGAAGGACCAUGAGGACGCCCCCGGAAACACGAUGUUCUACUCAGCAGGAAACUCCAUUUCCGUGGUCUUCAGGAGUGACUACUCCAACGAGGGCCGCUUCACAGGCUUCAGAGCUUUUUACGCGGCCGAAGACAUUGACGAAUGCCGCAUCAGAGUGGAAGGCGAACCCAUGUGCGCCCAUUACUGCCACAACUACGUGGGCGGCUUUUACUGCACUUGCCGGUCCGGGUAUACACUUCACACCAACAAAAGAGCCUGCGUUGUGCCGUGCGGAGGUCAGGUGCUCGCCCGCAGGUCGGGUUUGCUGACCAGUCCGGACUACCCCAACGCCUACCCGGGACUCAGCGAGUGCCACUACCUGAUCCACCUGCGGGAAGGUUUCCAGGUGGUGCUGGAUUUCCUGGAGCCCUUCGACGUGGAGGCCCACCCGGACGUGCCAUGUCCCUACGACGUCUUAAAGAUCACCACAGAGGAACGGGAGUUUGGCCCAUUCUGCGGCUCGGUUCCCCCCAGGAGGAUACAGACCGGCAGCCAUCGGGUGCAAGUGGCCUUCAGCGCCGACGCCUCGGGGAGGAACAGGGGCUGGAAGAUCCGGUACACCAGCACAGCCGCGCCCUGUCCAAACCCCACGCCGCCGCAGCACGGACACAUCCAUCCACCCCAGGCUGCGUACAUCUUCACUGAGAGCUUCAACGUGAGCUGCGAGCCAGGAUACAAACUGCUCCAGGGGAGCAAGCAUCUCCCAUCCUAUCGAGCUGUGUGCCAGAGGGACGGGACCUGGGACACGCCGAUGCCAGAGUGCGCCCCUGUUGAUUGUGGACCACCAGAUGGAAUCCCUAAUGGAGAUGUUUUAGUAACAGCAACCACUUAUCGGGCUGCUGUACAAUACAUCUGCCACCCUUUGUUUGUCCUGAAAGGCAACGCGAACGGAACAUACGUCUGCGCUCAGGACGGCAUCUGGAGAGACGGCCUCGGCCGCGCCGAUCUCCCGGAGUGCGGCCCGUGUUCCUGACCGCCCGCUGACCUCGUGGUCACAGCGUUGGCGUCCCUCCCCCGGCUUUCUGAAACGAACCGCGUGCCUCCCGAAUCCACGGCUAUUCGAGAGCCGAAGAAAAUCCGGGAGCCCUUACUUUCUUAAACGACAAGCACCAUUCCAAUUCAUAAGAAAUUCUGUUAGUAAAAAGGAUAUUUCUCUUGCAUUUCAUUUUUAAGUCACAUACUGUAAUCACUUCUAAUAUUUCAUAUGUGUACAUUAAGAUUUGAGCAUGUAACCUAGUGGUUACGGAACUCGCAUUCAAACCCUUGUUUAAACCCUUAUUCCUCGGUUACACACGUCAACAUACUAACCACAGCUGUAUAUCAACGUAUACAGAGGUGUAUCGAUCGAUAGAUUGAUUGAUUCUUUACCGAUAAGCGCUGGCCGAAAGGCUCACUCGUUACUGUGAUGUGGAGGUUAAAAUAAAUGGUAGUUAUUUGAGUUGCGGUGAGUAAUUGCGUCUACUGAGCAGCUAAUGAAACCGAUGCGAUUCGCUCACGCACGGCGAUUUGGGCCAGAGGAGGCAGAAGCGCAGAAUGUUCCAGAAGGGCAGCCUGGAGCUCAGAGUAAUUCACACGGCAGCGGAUGGAGGAGGGCAGGAAGGAGGGUUCAGUGACGGGACCUGCCAGCUUUAGCGCUUCUGUACGCGUGGCGUACGGCACACAGGAGUGCCAUCCACGGCGCCGUGUUCGACGCACAUCGAGAUGCCGGGGUUUUGAAACAUCCGCCGUAUCUUCAGAGGGAUGAAGCCUAGAGGAGGAGCCCUCAGCCAACCUGUGCCUCCGGCGCCGGGUUCGGCCUCGCUGACCUGCAGCCAUUAGCACUUCAUACAUAAUGCAUGCGAUCUCACGGCGCUUUGGGACCUUUUCUACCCAAACAGCUGCGUGGGGUUCCCGACGUAAUUACCUCUCCACGCUCAUUUUAGCCCUUUUAGUGGAAGACAACAGGCGUCCUUUAAUCUCUCCUGUUGCUAAGUGGAGUCUGGACUGAUGUCGGACCCGUAGCACUCCGCACCCCCUGACACUUUCCAAGAGCUGUUCAACGCUAGAAUAUCUCUAGAAACGUGGAAGGUUAAACAAACAAAACCUUUACUUCACAUAGGUCUGAGACCCAGCCGUUCAUUUUUGUCCGCUCUGGAGGACAAACUGUAUGUCUUUACAUCCUGUUUUGUGCACUUCGGUCCGCUUUUGUAUCUCCGGAACUGCACUUGCCGAGGACAUUCUGUAGAAAUCUAGGAACAUUAAUCCAAAAAACCUCAGACUUUUUCCGUGGGUCUCAAGAGGAAACCCUGGCGGAAAUGCUCCAUCUGGCUGGACAUCGUACAUUACAGGGAAGAGCUUGAAAGAAGUGAAAAUAAAUCACAGUAACAGAUGAUAAAAAAUAUCCAUCAGUAUAGCCUUGAGGCUAAUUUUCGAGUGGAUGGGGAAAGAA